AUGCGCGGCCCCGCUCCGCAGGGAAGCGGGGCCAGGCGGGGCCCCCGGGGCCGCUGUCAGGCCCCCGGCCCCCGGCCCGCGGCCGAGCGCGGCUGUCAGGCUCCCGGGGGCUGCCCCGGCCCCGCCGCCGCUGUCAGCGGGCCCCGCCGCCAGCGGGGAUCCCCCGCCCCUCGCCGCGAUCCCUGUCAGGGAGCCCCCGGUACCUCCCGGUGCGGGCCCGCCUGGCAGGGACCCCCCGGCCCACCCCCGGCCGGCAGGGACCCCCCGGCCCGCUCCCCGUCCGGCUCCACGCUGCGCUCCGGGCCCUGCCGGGGAUCCCCCCCCGCCGCCCCCAGGGAUCCCCCCGCCGUCGCCGGGGAUACCCAGCGCCCGCCACCGCGCCCGGAGCGGGGAUGCGCUCCGGGGGUGCGGGGGGGACACGCGGGAGAUGCGGGGGGGGUGCGAGGCGGCCCCGCGGAGGAUCCCAGCGCGCCUCCCCUCCCCCCGGGCCGCGGGCCUGAGGCGGUCCCAGUCCCCGCCCGCUCCUCACCGUGUCAGCGGCAGCGCGGCCGGGGCCGAGCACGGGCUGCUCCGCGCCGCAUCCCCGCGGCCGCCCGGGCGCGGACGGGGCCGGGGCGGGACCGGGACCGAGCGGCCGCCGCGGCGGGGCCUGAGCCGAGCGAGGCGGCGGAACCAAAAUGGCGGCGGCUCCUGCUCCGCCGCGAGCGAGCGCACGGCCACGCCCCCGCCGCCGGCCACGCCCGCUCCGCGACCGGCCACGCCCCCCGGCGCGGCCACACCCCCGCGGGCAGAGGGCGCGGCGGUCACGCCUGGCCACGCCCACUUCUCGACCACGCCCCGCUUAGCGCCUCCCGUAGCGUUCGCGUCAUCGCGGGGCGGCGGCGGCGCGGCGGGAGCGGCCCCGGUGAGUGCGGGGGCACCGCGGGCCCCUCGGUCACACCGCGGCUCCCUCCGGGGCCUGCCGCGCCCUCCCGCGUCCCCGCCGAGCCGCUCCGGCCCCCGGUGUGA